AAAAUAUGAACGGAGGAGAGAAUGUAGAGGGAUUUAAAAUGCCAGUCAGUAAAUCCAAAAAGUCUGCAAAAGAUGGUGAUAAAUCAACUAAGAAGAAGAGAAAGAGGAAGUGAAAGGAUCCAAAUGCCCCAAAAAGACCUCUUGGAGCAUACUUUUACUACUUCAAGGCUAACAAUGGCAUAGUCAAGCAAGCGCAUCCUGAGUUUAUCCAAAAGGAAGUUGUAGCUAAAAUUGCAGCAGACUGGAAGUUGCUCAGUGAAGAGCAAAAAGAGCCAUUUGUGGCUAAAUCAACUCAGGACAAGCAGAGAUAUGUAAGAGAAAAAGAAAUCUAUGAUGAAAGGAAAAAGAAAGAAGAGGAAGAGAAGGGUAAAGAAGAGGAGAAAUACAACAAUAAUAAAAGAGCCCGCACAGCGGGCCCCUCAGGGUACGAUAAAAAUGGAAUCAAAAGACAAAAAUACGAGGUACUUUUUAAUGUAGCAGAUGAGAGAGAAGUUAGACUCAAAGAUUUACUAGAAGAGGAUCUAAGUUUUGGAUCGGAUUCUGAAGAGCUAGCGAAUUGGUCACCUCCCGGAUCAGCUGAAGGGCAGCGGCCAAGGAUUAUGAAUGCCUCUACUAACGAUCAGAGCGACCAAGUAAUGGAUAAGAAAGAGGAAAUCCCCCAUCAAAGUGUAUUAGCAACUAUGCAAAUGGCUAAAAACAAUGAUCAGCAGCAAGCACAAAACAUUGACCAAAAUCAAAUGAAUACUAAUACCAAUUUAUUCUAAGGACAUAGAAUUCUU